AACCCAAAAUCAAUUCAUUUGAGUUCAUCGAAUAGUUGACUUGUUCUUAAGUUCGUAGAUAAGGUGAAACGUUUAUUUUGAUAAAGCACGGUUCGAUAUCAGCAUCGAUUAGCACUCAGCUAAAUAAUGGCACAAAAGAGAAGUGCAGAUGAAAUCUUCGAAGGAGAUAUUUUCGAGUCCACGAAACGAAAUAAAGUGGAACAUGUAAAAAAGCAUACACUGGAUUCGGAAGAGGAAGAUUCCGGUGACGAUGAAACAUACAACAUUAUGAACGAUAAUGAUAUUGAAGGGGAAGAGGAUGGCGUUUCUGGAAUGGAUGGUGAAGUUAAGGUAACACCGUUCAAUAUGAGAGAAGAAUUGGAAGAAGGCCAUUUCGAUGCUGAUGGUCAUUUUCAGUGGAAUAAGGACAAUGAGAUCAAAGACAACUGGUUGGACAAUUUGGAUUGGGUGAAAAUAAAAGCGCGAAAAGAUGGUGAAAAUGCGAACAGCCAGCAGGACGAUAGUAGUGAUUCGGAUGACGAACAAACCGAAUUCGAUUUGAUUGGUGCUUAUCGUCGAAUAUUGGAAUUGAUGCAGCCGAAAGAGACCAUCAAACGAUCACUGCAACGCCUUGGUGGUAAGAGUGCCAAAAUGUCGUCGGCCGAACGAUGGAAAAUGAAAAAAGCGGGAAUUAUCGAUCCGAACGCUGCACUUGUUACCGAAUUAACCGAAUUGACAAACACAAUUCUAACCAGAAUGGGCAACAUGGACGUUUACGAAGAGACCUACGAGCAAAUCCACGCGAAAUACGCGGCGAAAACUCAAUUAGAUGCAACAAAACCGGCUAACGGUGCCUCUUCCUCCGCCAAUGAUGAAUUGGACAUGUAUGCGGACAAUUUUGAUACGAAGGAGAAAAUGAAAUUGGUUGCCGGAAGCUCAACCAAAACGAAUGAUGCGGAGAGUGUUGAUGUUGAAGUAAGCACUGAAGUAAUGUGGGAAUUUAAGUGGAAACAAACCGAUACCGAAGUACAUGGACCAUAUUCGUCGUCACAGAUGCAGCAAUGGGUUACCGAGGGUUAUUUCAAAGACGGCGUUUUUGUUAAGAAAUUCGGUCAAGACACCCAAUUCAAUUCUUCCAAUCGAAUUGACUUUGAACUGUAUCUGUAGAAAUGAACAUUCGCUGCGAUUCAAAUAUAAAAACUGUUUCAACUCUAACUAACCGGUUUUCCAAU